CUCACCGCCUCUCUCCUCCCUCCCCCGGUCCCGCACCGCCCCCUAGCGCCUCUCGCCGCCCCGCAGCUCGGCGCGGUCUCUCUGCGCUCCGAGUCGGCACGCUCCUGUGCCAUGGCGGCCUCCACGCUCAAGCCCUUGCUGUAUUCCUACUUCAGAAGCUCGUGCGCUUGGCGCGUCCGGAUUGCCCUGGCGUACAAAGGCAUCGAGUAUGACCAGAUUCCUGUCAACCUCCUCAAGGGCGAGCAGCUGACAGAUGAUUUCCGUAAAAAGAACCCGAUGGGACAGAUUCCGGCACUCGACAUCGACGGAAUAAUUAUCUCGCAGUCGCUGGCGAUAAUCGAGUACCUGGAGGAGACGCGGGAAGGCCCUGCCCUCCUACCCAAGGAGCCAGGGAAGCGAGCCCUCGUCCGCAUGAUCUCGGAAACCAUUGUCACCGGCAUCCAGCCACUACAGAACCUGACCGUGCUGAAGUACUUGGGGGAGGCAAGGAAGGAGGAAUGGGCCCAGAACUUCAUCGCCAAGGGUUUCCAGGCCGUGGAGCAGAUGUUGCAGAAGACGGCCGGGAAGUACUGCGUCGGAGACGAGGUGACCAUGGCCGACCUGUGCCUCGUGCCACAGGUGUACAAUGCCACCAGGUUCAAGGUGGACCUGGCCGCGUUCCCCACGUUGCGGAGAGUGCACGAAGCGCUGGAACAGCUGGAGGCGUUCCGCGUCGCCCACGCCGUCCGCCAGCCCGACACCCCCCCCGAGCUACGCCAGCCGUGAAACCGGCGCCACCGGGAGAUUCCACCGGCGAUGGGAUGGACACCGCCGUAGCAUUCACCAGCGAUGAGAAUGACCCCAUAGUGAGAUUCACAAGCCCCAAGACCAAUGGCCACCGAGUAAACACUCAUUAAUUGGCUGAUAAAAAAAAUCUUCAUAUGUAGAGGACCACGGAACUUUGGCAAUCGUUGGCACCAGCUCACCCGCACAGCUACCAUUCCUGGCUUGUCCGUGGUUGCUCGCGUCUCCGAGUCGUUCUCUUCUUGAGAGUGACGACUGUGCGGCGCAUUACAAGUUGAAAUAUAUUUUAUGAGGUGCACCAGUUAGGAAAUAGACACGGCCAAAAGACAGUCAAGGUUUUGGUUGGGACGUACGGGCCGCUGGUAUGUUCACGUGCCUCUUUGCGUGCGUGAGUAAUAUGCAUGUGUAGCUGUGUAUAGGGAGCAGUGGUUAGUGCAUUUCUGGCCACGGGUAAUGUCAGUGGAGAUUGAUAUAAGAAACGGUCCUGCGCCUCACCUAGGUCGACUCGGUGCUAAAUUAGUACCUGGUGUGUGUAAACAUCAGCAUUCGGGAAACAAAGGCGGCCGAAUGUGUCGUCACACCACCCCUUCAUGCGCCGUACCAGUCUUAAUGGAUGUUCCAAAACAGCACUUGGUUCAGUGCCCUGUGUUGACGCUAGGGGAUCUCUGUCACCUGUCGAUGUGCAUGUGUGUGCAUUUUGUGGUAUUUUUGGAAAUUAGAUUCACGGUGGAGGGGUCACCACCCACCGUGCAUCUGGACCACCAGGGCCCUCGUUUUCCGCCGUGGCGAAUGCGAGCACUCCAAUGGGGGCGUAAUCUGCUGGCCAACGUCAGACUUUCCCUCAAUGACCCAUUGGCCCCACACCGCGUCACAGUCACCCAGAACAUCUGGGGUUCGUCCUGUGGCCUUGCCAGGCGAGCCUCAAAAGUGCUGGUGCAAGAGCCCCCCCCCCACCCCCCGGGUGAUGUCACCGCCACUUGGGUGGCGAACGGCGGUCGUUUCGUGCGCGAGUCUGUGCGGUUCCACCAUCCACGGGGCCGCGACGCACAACCGCUGUGUGGGGUGUGAGCCACACUACUCGGUCCAAGCGAUGAGGAACAAAAUAAAGAUGCAGGCAUUACACCUCCUAUCAGCCCCUCCGCAUAGAAAUCUUUUUACACAUUCCAUCAGUGGCGUAUCAGUCUGGCUGUGUAUAAUUUCAACCGCAUUGGUUCGGCCUUGCUUCAAUGCUGGUGAACCGUGAGAUGUCUAUAGGUACCCUUUCCUGUUCGAUAUGGGUCCGUGUUUAACGCAAAACUAUAAAAUAGUUAAGACUGAUUAGCAUUGCUGUGGAAAACACUGUACAACAAAGUAGCCUUAGCUGAACCAGCAAUGGUGAUGUCUGUUACCUGUGCCCUAGCUGCCGUGGAACCUAAUUUCUAGAAAUCCGUGAGCUCACAACCAAUAGAGUGCAUUGCUUUAAUAGCAAUCGGCAAAUGAGCCAUCCAUCUAUUAGUGGGCUAAUCCCUUUCAAAUAAUCUCGGCGUAUUCGCCAAUAACGCUGCCUUAGCAGGAAACGUAUAUCCAUAACAGGUGACAUUUAUGGAAGAGGCCGUUCUGCAUAACGCAUAGACCGAAGAGCUCGAGUGAAUAAGUGAUGUUGCUACAUCCAUAAAUACCACUGAGCAAGCCAGCCAGUAAGCAACCCGUAAUCAGUCGGCCCUUAUCAAGACGGAUGGCAGCUAACUUGAUCGUCGCUGAUUGGUUUGGAGACUUGGGUUAUGGUGGAGAUAGCACGGUUGCUGACGUUUAUAGGGGGCGAUUUUGAUUAAUAGCUUAACGGUGAGAAAAGGAAGCUUUCGCUACCAUACUAAUCGAACCUUUCAUUGUCUUUAUCGUAAACCCUUUAAAGUGACCUUCGCAUGUGAAACUGCACUUUUUGUUUGUAUUUUCGUGCAUAAAUCGAGCGAGCGGCAUUGAUUAAGUGA